UUUUUUAAUUUGAGGACCGAGUUUUUCUUUCAUGUCGAUGUUCCUGUUUGAUGUUUGUUUAUGUACUUGUGCUAUUUGCCCGAACUGCAUCCUAGGCGAGCCUGCUGAGAAGCAAGAGAGGAAAAUCCUCAGAGUGCUUAGCAGAACGGAACCUGCUUCAGAUCUUCACCAGCUCGAAUAAGUGCAGAAUCAGAAUGUUGGCGUCGUGGCAGAGUAUUGCCGUCUGCGACCAGGUGAGACAGAACCAACUGGUGAAAAACAAAGAGGCAACCAUAUCGAGCUGGGAGCGCGACCGAACUCAAAUCCACCGCGGGCCGGGUGUCUGGAAUGGCGAGAAGGAGAUGAGGUACAACUUAGUUGCAGUUGCAUAUGUCAAACCGCAUGACAGAUCUGGUUUUUUACCGAACUCUGCAUUACAAAUUGCCUUUUAUUUGUUCUUGAUCGACUUCGUCAGACACGUGGACGCCCGAUUGUACCAGCACGUCGAGGAAGGCUACACCAGCCCGAUCGUCUACACGGCGAAAAACGCGUACAUUUCCCGGCGACACUGGGGACCGCCAGAUUUCCGUAUGGCCCGGAGCACGACGAGUUUGUGCAACGAACCACUUGACCCCCGAAUCCGUCGCAGCACAAUGCGUCGCGUGAAGAGCAUCGACCCUAGCGCACCUUGGCCGAGUCAGGUACAGCUUCUUCUUUGAGUGGCAUUGUUCCUGUUUUCCUUUAGUGGUUUUGUACAGCAAUUACACUUCUUUUGCCCAAGCUUACUCGAAGGCUUCAUCUUUUCUUUUGAGAAUGCAGGAGGAAUCAUUCAUUGAUGGAAGUUGUGCAACAAGAGAUGCAAUUGCAACCAAAACCGUUUUAUAACUUCAGUUGGAUAACUGGACGUGCAAACGCGUUGUGGAUUUCCCCCCACCGAAGCACAACGACGCUCUUCGGCAUGGCAAAGAGGUCCUGGCAAAUGAGCGAAAAUACUGCCGACCGUGCUGCAUUCCUCGGGGCCGGACGCACGAGCCGUGUCCGAUGCCGCCGGAGGGACUGCCACAUCUUGGAGUUGACCUUCCUCUGCUCCUGUUUGCGCAAAGCUAGUCGUCCGAAGAGCGAAAUAUAGGGAGCGCGCACCCUAUGAAUUAGAGGUUUUUUCUUGAUGUUGUUGCUGUUUGUUUCAGGGUAGUGUCAGCUUUUUUCUUGAAGUUGAAUGAAAAAGUUUGAUUUUGCAAUUUCAUUUUCACUUUCACACAAAUCACACCACACUGUACGAUGCUCUAUUGGAAUUCUUCGAGAACGAACGGUUCUUGUGGGUAACGGCAAAAAAUGCUAUGUAUAGAUUUUGGUUCAUGUUGUACAGAAACAGAAACAGAUGGACUAUUCCCACUACGUCGCGGACAUCCUUUCAUCGUCGCGGCAGUAUCCUACCAGCGAAAUUGAUGCUAACAGGAAUACGAAACUUCGAGCAUCGUAAAAUCAGAACAUACUCAGUCGCUGUUCUUCUGUUGUUAAGACUCAUUCCCUAGUGCUUCGAUCUCGACAAAGAUGGUGAAGCCCAUGGGCUGUGUAGUUUGGGGGUGGAAAAAAAGUCAUUUAGUGACCUGUACUGUGUUUUCGAAGAGAAGCUGCAAACACCGGAGACAAGUAUGAGUAUCUCUUCAGCCAUGUCGGUUUUUUUUCUUUUGCUUCUCCG